GUUGUAAACAAACUCUUUUCCAAGCACCCGGGCACUGCCACUGAAGACCGACAGGGGGAGCCAGCGUUCCAGCUCUUCUCAUUCAUUUCCACACAAGAGGAACAUGGCGGAGUAGGGCUGUGGAGGCUGCAGCGGUUGAGCUGUUGGCGAUUCCCCGUCCAGCAGAAGUGCAAUAGGACAUAGUGGAUUUGUGUGGCUGUGUCAGGAGGACACGGCCUGUGGGAGUGGGCCGAGGCUAGCUUCUGAGUGGGUAUCUGUUGAGAGCGGAGAGUCACAAAAACAACUCGGAAAUGAACGGGGAAGUAGUGUGCAGUCCUCACCCAGUGAUGGCGUUAGCCUGCGCCAAGUCCAAGCCAGCAGCUCACGAUGAGAAGACGAGCAUCAGGUUGACGCAGGAGGGGCGGGGCUCUCCCGUCUGCGUCCCGCAGCUCGACGUUCCCAGUCAACCUGAGGCCAGGACAACAGACGCCAUCGGCGCCAUGCUCAGAGACCCAAAACCGGAUCUGACGGCGACCGGUAGCGCCUACGGCCAGCGUCCGCCCUGCUGGCCCACCGACCAGCCAACCCUCCCGCAGCUCUUCUGCCAUCGCCCCCCUCACGAACUCCCUAUGCCCCUCGGCAACAGCUUGUCUCACGCUUCCCUCCACGGCAACCACAACAACGGCGGCGCACUCCACGGCAACCACAACAACAGCGGCGCACUCCACGGAAACCAGAGGAGAGGGACCCGUGCCAAAGUCAUGGGGAAGAAAUACACCAGGAGAACAGAAGGAGGCAAAAACUCUCAGAACCGAAAGGUUACCGACUUCUAUCCAAUCAGACGGAGCUCAAGAAAAAGUAAAACAGAACUCAAGUGGGAACAAAAGAAGCUCAUCGAUGAUCUCAUCACCAAUGCAAUCGAGGAGGGAAUGGAGGUCCAGCACAUAGAAGGAAAAGGGAGGGCGGUGUUUGCCACUCAGUGUUUCCAGAAAGGUGAUUACAUCGUGGAGUACCACGGCGACCUGCUGCAGAUCACCGACGCUAAGAAAAGGGAGGCGGAGUACGCUCAAAACCCUGCCACCGGCUGCUACAUGUACUACUUUCAGUACCUCUGCAAAACGUACUGCGUGGACGCCACCAAAGAGACGGGUCGGAUGGGCCGGCUGAUAAACCACAGCAAAAACGGGAACUGCCAAACCAAACUCCACGACAUCAACGGCGUGCCGCACCUCAUCCUGGUCGCCUCCCGAGACAUCGACAAGGGCGAGGAGCUGCUGUACGACUAUGGGGACCGCAGCAAAGCCUCCAUCGCCGCUCACCCCUGGCUCAAGUACUGACGGGAGGCGGUCAGCGACACUUGUGUUUCUCAUAGCUAGCGGACAUGUUGCCUUAGAAACAGAAUGUGUACCCCUUUCGUUGCCAUGCAGAGAACGCUGGGUGGUAGAUAACGGUGUGGGUUUGGAGUGGAGUGGGGGGCUUAGGGUACUUAUUUACAUUUCGAUUAAGAUCCGUCUGCUCCAUCGGACGGACCUGCGUACUUUUAUUUAUAUGUGUCUCUGAAACAUUCUGGUUGUUUUGCAGCACAUUUCUUUUGUACAUUUUGUACUUCCUGAAGACCAAUGCCCUUACAGCAUGCAGGUGGUAGUUAAUGCUCAGCAUUUUUUAUACUGCUUUUUUUUAUUUUUAUUUUUUGUAAUUUAUCCUUAGAUACUUUAGCAAUACUUCCCCAAACGGCUUCUCAGCCUCCUCCUCCCUUUUGGAUCAACAAGCACUAUGAGAUCCAAGUUCAACAGGAAAAUAAACCCCAAGGCUUUUUGGGAAAAAUAUUCUGCUCCAGUGAACUUCAGCUAUGGAUACGACAGCAUAUUAGGGCCAUUGCAGACAGAAGAUAAAAAUUAAAAGGAGUGAAUUUCCAAGGGAAAAAAAAGAAGAAAUUCUGGGAUUGAUGUCAGAAAUUUUGUAGAAAAACUCUGAAAUUUCUGAGAUUGAAAAGUCAAAAAUAUGCGAGAAAAAAACACAUUGUGAGUUCUUUCUUGGAAAUUCACUCCUCUUUCCUCUUUUUCUGCCUACGAUGGCUCCAACACGCCGUCCCACAUGGAAGCCGUCUGCCGCGGCUGGUGGCCUGUGACAGUUAACCACACUCCUGGCUCGGCUGCCAUCUUGGAGGCUUUCGAUCAUGUUUUGACGCCUGGUAAAAAGUCAAAAUGUGACGCAAGCUUGUGCAACUCUGAAAUAACCAGUAUGAUGUACAUAAAUAUAUAUAUAUAUAUACAUAUAUGUAUAUAUAUAUAUAUAUAUAUAUAUAUAUAAAUAUAUAUAUAUAUAUACAUAUAUGUAUAUAUAUAUAUAUAUAUAUAUAUAUUGUUUGUUGCUUUUUUGUUUUUAGAUAAUGUAUUUUUUAAUAUUAAACCCGACGGUUACAUUUGAAUUUAAAAAAAAGUUAAAAUAAUAUAAAAGUUUCUGCGAUUGCUUUGCAGAAUUUUCUGCUGUAACUGCUUGAAUGAAAGUGUGUUAAGAUUUGUUUGAUUAAAUGUCGACUGAUCUUUA